AUGCCUCCCCGCCCCUCGCUCCCCGUCCCCGACGACGUCCUCCUCCUCAUCGCCCGUGAGCUCGGCACCGUCGACCCCCUCGGCCCGCCUGCCCACCUCCCCGCCCUCCUCGCCACCAGCAAGCACAUCUACAACACCCUCUGCUUCGCCAAUGCACCCACCCUCUACGACGACAUCUUCUGCACAAACUUCGACCACCGCGCUGCCUUCCGCCGCCUCGGUGUCCGGGCGACCCGCUCCCGCAACCGCGCCAAACAGCUCCAGAAGGUCUGCCGCAUGCUCACGCGUAUCCGGAGCGGCGACAUCUACGCAACCAGGCUCGAGGCCGACCUCUGGACCGCUUUCAUCAUGCUCACCGAGAACGACGGCAAGAACUACGCCCAGCUCCAGUGGGCCGGCCUGGACAGGUUCGCGGAGGCAGUCAUUGUGAACCGUGCAUGGGAGAAUCGCCACAUGCACCACGGCUGGCCAGCCGAGAGCACCCAAAACUCGCUGGCCAUCUGGUCGCUGUUCAUGAUGCUGGAUGCAGACAAGCUCGUGGCCCUGCCGCAAGAUCGCAGGAACGUCAUUAUUGAGCGUAUUCGCCCGUACGUCGUGACCGCGCUCCGUUAUCCGUCCUUCCACGCGCCCGACAAGCACUUCUCCUUCCCACUGCCCGAAAACCUUGAGCAAACCUAUCCGUACACGUUCAUGACGCCGCACGGGUUCUACCCUCAAUACCGGCACCCGGAGCAUCUGCGCGAGUACCUCCCUCACUUCGGCAUCCAGAUCGAGACCAGCGCGCCCCUUAUCGCGCAAGGCGCAAAGCUGCUCUACCUCACCCUGUACGAGACGCGCCUACCGCACCAUCCUGAGCUCCCGCUCAACCGGGAACAAGCUAUCGCCCUCGGGCGCACGUUCAUCGCCCCUACCAUCGCUGACAUCGACGAGGCGAACGCGCAUCGCGCAGUCACGCUCGCCCCGCAUGGCUCCUGGGACUGGCGCGAGCGACUCGACGCCGCACAAGGCAAACUGGAGGACGACGGCGUGUGGCGGACGACACUUACAGCUACAAGUGCCACAUGGGACAACGACUGGCACCGCUGGUGCGGAUGCAUCGACCCAUGGAUGGUGGACCAUCUCAAGGGCGUCACCUACACACUUGGCUCGCUCAACGGACUAUGGCAGGGCCGGCUCCUCGUGCCGGAUGUGAACCAGUAUGAGGAGCUCGUGAGGUCGACCGAGUUCCCGCAGACCUUCUCGAUCAUGAACCCGCGGCUGAUGACCUCGCCGCUGUACAUGCGCCUCCGCGAGCACCACUGCAUCAACCCGAUGCGCCCGGCCGAGCCCGCGCUGCCGCAGUUCGAGGGCGACAUCGACGAGGGCAUCUGCAACGCGUGGUUCUCGAAGGUGAGCAUUUCGGAGCACGGCGGGCGCGUGCGCGUCGAGGACGAGCGCAGGAGGCAGGUGCAUAUAUACGAGACGUACGUGCACGGGCGCCCGAAUAGCCAUGACGAGACGACGUGCACGCAGUGCAUCCAGCGCAGGGAAGACGAGGAGGCGGAGUUGGCGGCGAGAGUGCGGUUGAACGCGCGCGCGGCGAGUGGGGAGCCUCUUGAAGACGAUCAGCACCACGCACACCAUCAUCACCACCAUCACCACCACCAUGCCCACGACCACGACCACGACCACGACCACCCGCACGAGCAUGCCCACGUCCACGCUGACGAUCCGUCCGACGUCGACAUGGAUGCGGACCCCGAGCUCGCGCAGACACGCGAGGGUGCGCAGGAGGCCCUUGGCCGAGACCCCGACACGGUGCUCGACGAGGUGAUGGCCGACGCAAGCGUGGACGACGAGGACGAUUACUCAGAGGACGAAUACACAGACGACGAAUCCGAAGAUGAGUUGGAGGAGUACAUCCACAACACCUGCAACGGCGUCUGCGACAUCAUCAUCACCGGCGAGACCCUCCCGCGGCACGGCCAGGCGUGGAACCACUACCGCUUCUACGGCCGCGUGCGCAAGUGGGACGGACUCAUCGCGCUUGUGCGCGUCCCCGUCGAGGACCGUGGCCUCGGGACGUACAUCUUCAGGGGAUACCUCGUCGGCGGGCUGAACUUCACCGGCAGCUGGCGCUCGUACGCGCAGAACCCGAACGCAAUCCCGCUCGAGGGCCCGUUCAUCGCGAGCAAGCGCGCGGAGGAGUGAAAAUGACGACAGCGACGCGGUCGGUGAGUCUUGGUUGAAGCCGUGCUCCGUGGACUUUGCGGAGGUGCGGCGCGGCGCGUUGGAAAAUGUACCAUAGGUUUGGAGUCUCUUGGGCAGCCCCGGAGGUGGCUGUGUCAGUGCUCGCGGAUGUGUGUAGGUAACGUUAUU